GCACGCCAUCAACCCUUCCGCCACCUUGUCUCUCUAUCUCGCGAAAGCCCCGUCCACAGGUUACGUACGUACCCAGAAACGAGAACAUGGCCCAGAGCAGGACCGCUGCCGUCUCGCUGCUCCUGAUCGCCGUCGUGGUGGCGGCCGCGUCGGUGCCGGCGGCGACCGCCUUCGGCUGCUACGACGACUGCUACGAGCGCUGCGCCAACGGCGCCAAGGAGGACCCAGCCUGCACCAAGAUGUGCGGCGAGGCAUGCGGCAUCGGCGGCAAGGCCGCCGGGGCCGCGGGUGCCAAAGCUGGAGGCAGCGCGCCCUCCGCUUGAGCCGAUCCCUACGUGUGCGUGCAUGCAUGGCGUCGCACGACUCAAAGACGCGUACGGUCGAUCAUUCGGAGGGAAGAUGCGUGCAUGCAUGCUCCGUUCGUUCAUUCAUUCGUUGGUGACUAGCUAGUUACUGUUGAACUCAUUUGCUCUUGUCCUUGAUUUGCAACCCAGUGCGUGGAUGCAUCAUAGGUACGGAAUCACGUUCCCGCCAGUGUUGAGAGUUUAUAUUUUUAAUUGAUUUCAUUAUCUCUGGUUCCAUGUAGAUGUGUGAGCGUCGUCCUCAUCUCUUGUCAAUUGUACUCGCUGUAGAGAACCGAGCAUGCUUCUUCUAUGAUCAUAUAUAUAAACCGCCAAGGCCUAGUCCUGGCUGGUCUCCUUUUUUGUUUA